UCUCUUUCUUGCUUUCACCUUCCAUUACAAAAAGCUAUUGUUCUCUUUUCUGAACCAAACUAAUCAACCAUGGCUGCUGAAGUUGUUGCUGGAGCUUUCCUCACGGUUUCGCUGGAAGUGCUUUCGGGUAGGAUCCGUUCGAUCAUGGACUUUGUUGGUCGGAACAAAGUUGAUGCUCGGCUGCUCGAAAAGUUGGACACCACGUUACUCUCUGUUAAAGGGGUCCUGAAUGAUGCCGAGAAGAAGCAAGUCAGUGACUCAAACGUCAGAAAGUGGAUUCAAAAGCUUAACGAUGCGGUCCACAACGCCGAAGACUUGGUGGAUGAGAUUAACACUGAAGCUUUGCGAUGCGAGAUUGAAGGUAGUCAGUCUCAGUCUUCUAGAACCGGUGCAAUGUUGUUCAAGGUACGCAACUUCAUCUCGUCUAGACUAAACGUUAAGGAUGUAGAACAGAGGAUAAACAACAUCCUUAACACACUUAAAUAUAUUGUGGACCAAAAGCAAGAUCUUGGUUUGAGUGAAGUUGGUGCUCAACCUAUCACAUCUUUUCGAAGAUCGUGUGCAACUGCUUGGGUGGAAGAAUCUGAUAUCUGUGGGAGGGAUGCUGAUAAGCAAGCCGUCAUUGAUUUUUUGUUAUCUGAUGAGGUUGAUGGUGAUAAAUUAUCUGUGCUUCCCAUUGUAGGGAUGGGUGGGAUGGGCAAGACCACCCUUGCCCAGCUUGUUUACAAGGAAGUUGAUGAUAAGGUCAUGGAGAAACCUUUUAACGUUAAAGCAUGGAUUACGGUGUCUGAAGAAUCUGAUGUGUUGACGUUGACAAAAAAAAUUUAUGAGGAGGUUGCUAAUUCAUCAAGUUCUACAGUCGAUGAAGCAUUUAAACUUCAACUUAAAUUGAAGGAGUUUUUAAAUGGCAAAAAAUUCCUCUUGGUUCUUGACGAUGUGUGGAACGUGGAUCAUAAACGGUGGUGUGACUUGAAAAGUUCAUUUGAAUCUACCGCACAUGGAAGCAAGAUCAUUGUCACAACACGCAGUGCUAAAGUUGCAUCCGAUUUGGGUACUCUCCCCAAGCAUGAUUUGCAAAUAAUACCAGAGGAAGAUUGUUGGAAAUUGUUUAAAAAGCAUGCCUUUGGUAAUGUAGAGGCCAGUGUUGAUCGAGAGUUGGAAGAAAUUGGUAGAAAAAUUGUCCAAAAAUGCAAUGGUCUUCCCUUAGCGGUCAAAUCACUUGGUAGCCUUUUGCACUCUGUACAAGAUCUCAAAGAUUGGAAAAAGGUACUAAAUAACGAUAUAUGGAAUUUGCGUGAGGACAAUAUUCUUCCAGCAUUAUGGCUGAGCUACUAUUAUUUACCCCCUUAUUUGAAGCGAUGCUUUGCUUACUGCUCCAUUUUCCCCAAAGAUCAAAUUAAUAAGAAACAUUUGAUUUUGCAGUGGAUGGCACAAGAUCUCAUGCAACCCCAGAAAACAAAGACACUAGAAGAGGUUGGAGAAGAAUAUAUCGAAGAUCUUGUAUCUAGAUCAUUUUUCAAAUAUUGUAGCUGGCCUGAAGGUUCCAUCACCAUGCAAGAUCUUGUGAAUGAUUUGGCAAUGUUUGCAUCGGGAGAAUGUUGUUUGAGGUUAACAGAUAAGUCCUCGGAUGUUCUUAUAAGGAAUGCUCGUCAUAUCUCAUCUUUGGCAUGCCAUACCAUUGAUGAAAAGAUAUUAAAGGAUUUGUAUGAAAACAAAGUAUUGCGCACUCUACUGAAUUUGGAGAUGCAUAAUGUCGAACAUUUGCGAUCAAUGCAAUUUUUAAGAGUGCUUUCUUUCCCUCCACAAAACGAGAUGGAGUUAUUAAAUUCAAUCUGCAAUUUGAAGCUCUUGAGAUAUUUGGAUUUAUCUUUUUCUAAACUUGAAGAAAUACCUGAUAAAAUUGGUACUCUAUAUAAUUUGCAGACAUUAUUGUUAACUGAUUGUUAUGGGCUUACUUCGUUGCCUUAUUCAAUUGGCAAUUUGAAGCAUCUAAGGUAUUUGGACUUAAGUUGGACUUCAAUUGAAAAGUUACCUGACACAAUAUGCCAAUUGCACGAGUUGCAUACGCUGAUAUUGUAUGGAUGUACGAAACUUACUCAGUUAUCAAUCAACAAUGCAACUGAUCUUAUCAAUCUGCGUUGUCUCGACAUUAGUCUGACAGGUGUACGAGAGCUGCCACGUCAAAUGUCCAAAUUGGAAAAUCUGCAAAAGUUAACAAAGUUUGUUGUAGGCAAAGAUAGCGGAUCCAAUAUUAAAGAGUUGGGCAAGCUUAAUGAUCUACAUGGUGAUUUUGGUAUUGAAGGACUUGAGAAUGUUGUAAAUGUUGAAGAUGCUUGGGAGGCAAAUUUGAUAGAUAAAAAGCAUAUUACAAAAUUGAAAUUAAAAUGGAAUGGUGAUAUUGGCGGUUCAGUUGAAGCCCGGGUGGUUCUUGAUGGACUCCGACCUCAUCCAGAUCUUAAAACACUAAGCAUUUACAAUUAUGGAGGUAAAGCGUUCUCGCAUUGGGUUGGAAGUCCUUCAUUUUCCUGUAUGAAAGAGGUGCAUCUUAUCGAUUGUAAAAACUGUUUCAUGUUGCCUCCACUGGGACAGCUACCUUCGCUGGAAUGCUUCUGAUUAGGGGAUUGGAUAAGGUGGUGAGGACAGGGGAUGAAUUUUAUAGUGACGGUUCUGUGAUCACUAAGCCAUUCAAGUCUUUGAAAACAUUAUACUUUUCAAGAAUGGAAGAGUGGAAAGAGUGGGCAUUCGUAGAAGCGGAGGAUGGAGGAGUUUUCACAAACUUGGCGGAGCUUCGGUUGUGGGAUUGUCCGAAGCUAAAAGGGGCAUCAUGCUUACCUGAUUAUCUUCCAUACCUGGAAACUCUUGAUAUAGAAGGUACAGGUCACCACCUGGUGGCUUCACUCUCAAACUGUCGAUAUCCAUCGCUCAGUUUAU